AUGUCCAUCAAUUCACCUUUGCAUAGUAAGUUUUCUGCUACCACAAAGUAUGAGAACAAUGAGUCGCUCAGAUCGACACUACCACAUAGCCUUGCUCCUCACGAGGUUAGUCAAAGGCGCAAUAACGGAGUCAACUCACUUUACCGAAUGGCGAUAAAGAACAGAUGCUCUGCGGGAGUAAUAUCUAUUGAGACGUUCUGUGAAGACUAUUCAUCACUUUUGGGUCCAGCCCAGAAGCCUGUCACUCCGCCGAAAGCUGAUAGGGUGCCAGCAUUGAACGUUACUGUAUAUCACCAGCCACAACCACGGAAUAAAAUAACACCAAUCAGGCAUUAUGAACACAACAUGAACCAUUCACUGGCCGCGACGGAAUUCAAUGCACCUCAAGCGCAUAUAACUCAACUGUCUAGGCCGCCACUUCGGGGACGCCGAAGUGACUAUGCUGGCACUAUCGCGAUCGAGAGAGGCGAUGUAGCUCCAAAUAACUGCCACAGUUCUGGAAGAAAAAAGAUAACUCGAGAUGAGACCCCAUCUAGGAGCUUGUCCAAGGUUGAAUAUGAAGAUACUGGUAUUGAUAUUCAUGAACUUUUAUAUGAUGAGAUCUUAAGCGCUGUGAACGAUGAUAUUUUUGACGUGGAUUUCACUUUCGACAAUACAUGGGCGGACAAUGUGAGCCACGCUACCUGUGCCAAUAGCUAUUCUCUUCAAACCUCGUUUCAACCAUCCCGAAACCAUAGCACGCCAUGCAUCUGUUCGCAGGUGACUUCCUGCCCAGCUUCCAUUGGGCAACAGGAGCAAGAAGAUGACUUGGCAACACGCGUUUCGACAAGUAAAAGGCGAAUCUCUGGGUCCAAAACAAGAAAUUCUAGAUUUCAGUUGAAACUAGAUAAUCUGCGGCUGAGACAUGAAAGCAGUCAAGAACCUUGUGGGAUUUCCAACUGCGAAGAAGAGCAUAAGGAAGUCCCCCGCAUGCGGUACUGGUUCAGGACCGCCAACCUGAGAACAAAGCUGAUUUUUGAAUGCGUCAACAGAGAACUUAAACAUAUUACGCGGCGUAGCCUGUAUGCCAUUAACUCUGGUGAGAAGACGCUCUUAUCUAUCUUAAAACGAAUAUCAGCUGAACACCCGCAACAUAAAACCCGGAUAGCGACAUCAUUGGAGGAGAAAUUAACUGUUCAACCCGCCUUUGGUCAUAUCAAGAGGCCACAGAGCGACGUACAACUAUCCGACUUUCUGCAAAAGACUUUGAACCAAGCGAACAAUGACGCAAAUUUCAGAGAGCAGCUUGCAGUGACAUUACUUGACCAAGAAUUGCAAAGCUGCAUCAUUCGUGGAAGAGAUAGUAGUAGGAACCUAUGGAUGCAAUCCGAAAAAUUUGAAUUUGACUAG